CGCGAGCUUCCCGUUUCUCGGCAUCCCUUCUCUCCGCUCUCCCCGCUUCCACUGGUCCAGGUCCGAGUUCUGCACCCGUGCUGGUAGGAUUUGGCUUCCUAGGAUUCAUCUCUCCCUACAGUAUUCUCCACCAACAGCUCUAUCUCUCCGCCAUAGGACGUGGCGAGUGGUGUUCUGCUCAUUAGCCUUUAGAAUGUGGAUUGUACGAGCCGCGUUGCUUGACCUAAAUCUGCGAAAUUUAGGAGUUCCUAACACGUGGCACACUCGAAUGCAUGCCUUCGCGUUGCGGUGACGGAAAGGCAAUGAAACUGAGACACUUGAGCAGGCUGGGAUAGAUAGCGUAGGAAGUGCGUAAGAUUCGGCAAUACUUAGCCGACGACCACUGGUAGGCACGAUGCAACCAGCAGCUGCGAUCCGCCAGGUGGCAACACCUGGCUGGUGUGCUAGUCACGCUAAAGAGCCGCCGAGACAGCAUGAGACGAGCAGCGAUCGCGCGUCGUCAGCUCGCCACGUGGAGGCAGCGCUGCUGCGCUCCUUUCGCCUGCCUCAGAUCCUCCACUCCCUGCAGAAGCACACCCAACCCUCGUUUGAGUCACCUUCCUCCGCGUCAUUUCGUUCCAAAUCUCGACCGUCCGCCGUUACGAUGACGGCCGCGCUAGCUCAGUUAGCCUUCAUCCAAUCAGAGCCGACUAACGGCCACACGCAGCCUAAGUACGGUCCACUUAUGUUGGUCCAGGACCCAGCUACAUCCGAAUUCCACGUCCUUCCUCCUCAGGCCACUGUAGCAGCACAUACUGCCACGCCAUGCCGCCCGCCGGAAGCACCUUUAACGAUAGCCCAGUCCACUCCCGCUAGAGCCGCAUCUGGCGGCGCGACAAGCGGCGGCGAAGGCGGCUCAAGCGACAAUAAGUUUCUGCGCGUAUCGAUCCAGUCCGUUGCGCUCGCGCUGGUGUUCGGCGGCGCGGCGGCGUUUCUCCGCAUGCUGCUGUCCGCGCUGCCCCCGGACUUCCUCUCGCGCUGGAAGAAGCUCUUCGCGGAGCAGCCGCACUUCGACCCCAAGGCCGCCGUCGAAGCGCGCCGAGCCACCGCAAUCUACGACUGCCACGGUGACCUCAUCGCCACCGUGGUUCCCGGCGGGUUCGGCGGGCGGCGGAAGGACGCGAGCAAGGGGCAGGCGCCGUUAAAGCCGACGGAGGUGCCGGCCGUGAUGUGGCAAGCCGUCAUCGCGACGGAGGAUCGGCGGUUCUUCGAACACCAGGGCUUCGACCCCAAGGGCCUGACACGUGCCGUGGUGUCAUUGGCGCGGACGGGAGGCGGGAGUACGAUCACCCAGCAGCUGGUGAAGAACGUGUUUCUGUCGAACGAGCGGCGGUGGACGCGCAAGCUUGUGGAGAUCAUCCUGGCCGUGAUCAUAGAGCGCCGCAUGUCUAAGUGGGACAUCCUGCACCUCUACCUCAAUAAGAUCUACUGGGGCCACGGCGUGGCGGGGCUGGAGGCGGCAGCGGCGCUCUACUUCGGCAAGCACCCGUCGCUGCUCACCCUGGGCGAGUGCGCCAUGCUGGCCGGCAUCAUCCCCGCGCCCGAGCUGCUCUCGCCCUACCGCGACCCCUCCAGGGGUCGCAAGCCCCAGGCGCGGGCGCUGAGGCGCAUGGUGGAGGCGGGCUUUCUGGACAUCGCCACGGCCACGGAGGCCAUGCAGCAGCCGCUGCGCCUGGGCUCCGAGGCCAAGCACGGCACCUCCGGGCCCUGGAGGGCGCCCUUCUUCGUCAGCGAGGUGCUGUACGAGCUGGCGCAGCGGUACGGGCGCGAGGAGGUGCUGCGGGGCGGGCUGCAGGUGCACACGACGCUGGACCUCGCCAUGCAGGACGCGGGCGAGAAGGUCGUGGGCGACGGCACCGCGGAGUACGACAGGGAGAGGGAGGCGGCGGCGCAGAGGGACAUUGCGGCGAUCGCACUGAAGCUGGAGGAGCUCAGGGCCAGGCGGCAGCAGCAGAUACUCUCCACCGUGGCUGCCGCUGCUGUCAAGAGGUCUGCAGAGUUUCGCAAGAAGAACGGCCAAACGCAAAAGACCGUGUCUGAGAUGAUGGAGGACGAGACAGCAGCAGUGGCGCGCACGCUCGAGCGGUUUGCAGCCUUGGAGCGCACGCUGACUACAGCCAUGCAGCGCUAUGAGAAUGAGCUCAGGACCGCCCAGUCCGCCAGGCUGGAAGGAGCGAUGGUGGCCAUGGAUCCGCUAUCCGGCGCCGUGCGAGUGCUGGUGGGCGGCCGCGACUACUACGAGAGCUGCUUCAACCGCGCCACCCAGGCGCUGAGGCCGCCCGGGUCCACGUUCAAGCCCGUGGUGUACCUCACUGCGCUGGCCGAGGGCAUUACUAAGGACUACGUGCUGGUGGACGAGCCAUAUGAGGUGGGCGGGUUCGCCCCGGAGAAUUACGACCGCAAGUUCCGCGGCCCCGUGACCCUGGAGGAGUCCCUGCUCAAGUCGCUCAACGUGCCGACCGUCAAGCUGUGUGCUGAGAUAGGGGUGGACAAGGUGUGCCACAUGGGGCGAGCGCUGGGUAUCAAGACCCCUCUACCGCACGAGCUGGCGCUGUCGCUGGGAGGGUGCGAAGUGACUCCCCUGCAGCUCACCACCGUGUACUGCACCAUCGCUGCCGGGGGCGUGUACCACCGCCCGCACCUGAUUACCCGUGUCGAGUCGUACAACGGGAGAGUGCUGGAGGAGGCCAAGAUCUGCUUGGAGCGCAGGGACCCUGUAGUGGACGAGGCGGCGGUGACGGAGCUGCGCAAGCUGCUGCAGGCGGUGGUGGAGCGCGGCACGGGCAGGGGCGCCCGCAUGGACCGCCCGUGCGCUGGCAAGACGGGCACGUCGGAUGGGCACCGCGACUGCUGGUUUGCUGGCUUCACUCCGCAGCUGGCGUGCGUGGUGUGGCUGGGAUACGACGACAACAAGCCAGUGGGCGGGCUGCACCCCGGCACCGGCUCGUCCCACGCAGCACCGCUCUGGAGCCGCUUCAUGACCCUCGCACACGAGGGGCUGCCUGUGAAAAAAAUCCUCGACGCUGCACGGGACAGGUACACGGGGCGAGCGGCGGGGAGGGAGUUUCAGAAGCGGAGCCGCCGGGCGCAGAAGGUGGGGCUCAGGGAGGUGCGGCGGAGGGAGGGGGGGAGGCGGAAGGGCAGGAGGGAGGCCGUGUGGAAGGACGUGUGGGACUGGGAGAAGGCGAGCAGCGGGUGGGAGGAGCGCGAGAAGAUGGAGGAGUGGGCCGCCGCAAGGAGGGAGAGGGCAGAGGAGAUCCGCGCUCUGAGGGCCAAGGGGCUGUUGGGGGACGAAGGGGAGGAGGUGGGGGAGGAUGACUAUGAGGAGGCGAUUAGAUUCUUUGAGCGCGCUUCUGAGGAGGAGAGGCAGGGUGGCGGACAGAGGGAGAGGAAGAGCAGGGAGAGGGAUGGGGAGAGGGAGGGGGCAACAGGGAGGAUCGUUUCUGCGGCAGCAAUGGCUGCUGCGAAGGGAGACGUGGCUGGGAAGCGAGCGGCGAUGGCGUUGCAGAGCGGUGGUGUGGACAGUGAGAGGGGAGAUGCGGACUUGGAGACGGGCAGGAGGGAAGAGGGUUCUGGGUUUCCUGCCACGGGAUCUGAAGCAAUGCUGGUGCCAUUGCUGCCAGCAGCGACACCAGCAGCGACACCAGCAGCGACACCAGCAGCAGCAGCAUCGAUGGAAGGGCUGACAUGGAGUGAGCGCGUGGCAUCAGCACAGCAGCUCAAGGCCCUUGAAGAAGCAGCUGCCGCGGCAGAGCCAGCUGAGCCUCGUGCCGAACCUCAACGCCCUGAUGCCGAACCUCAGGUGUACUGUGCUGAACCUCAAGCGUCCCUUGCCGAGCCCGGGGCAGCGCCUCUAGCAGCAGUAGUGGAUUCUGAGAAUGCAGCACCCGGCAUCUCGCCCCUGCAGCCGUGGCCUGAGAAACAGGGCGACGGGGAGGCGGCGGAGGGGGAAGUGGAGAUGGAGGCGUGCUGCCCCAUGCCCCCCUGCUCAGGCCUGCUCCCUGCCUGCAGGGAGCCGUCUCUGGAGGGGGGUGUAGAUGCAGAUGGGGGUAAGGAGGACGAGGAAGAGGAGGAGAAGCGGCUCGAGUGGACGAAACGCCUGUUUGUGAAGACGAGGGUCACGGCUCCAUCUGCUGCGUUUGCGCCCCCGUCAUCCUCGUCCUUUACUUAUCCAGCAACAUCAGGGCCGGGCUUCUCAGCAGACGAUAACAGAGAACGCCAGCCCACCUCACUUCCCCUCGUCCCGUCCCCAUCCUCCUUGGGACCUCCAUCCUCCCUUGCCCCCUCUUUCCAGCCUCCGUCGGCUGCCGGAAGGUAUGCUGCUGAUGCCAGUGCCAUGCCUGGCAGCUCAGCAGGGAUGUGGGGGAGCGCAGUGCCACGACUGCAGCAGAAAGGAGCUGGUAUGGGCCUUGAAGGUCGUAGGGACAAGACUACAAGCUCCCCUGCCUUUUUGGAAGAUUCGGUGGCAGUAGUCGGGCAGGUAGGACGUAGGCAUAGACCAGCAGUCCAUUGUAAGUUGUCAAUAGUGUGACUAGAGCCGCCAGAGCGGUGAAUGAUUUGGGGACAGCUAGAGGCACCUUGCAUCCCACAUACUGGUGCACGAAACUGCUAAUUGGAAG